AAUCAUGUGGUCGGUCAUCGUCAAGGUAACAACGUUGACGGCUGUAUACUAAGCAAGUGGUGCCGUUAUAAACAACAAAAAAAAAGAAAGAUGAGUGUUAGAAUGGGCGAGGACUGUCGAUAUUCUUUAGAUCUCGAGGAGCAAAAAAAGAAUAUCUUUGUAACCCAACUGAACGAAAGGGAAGAGGACGAUGAUGUAAACGCCUUCCCUAUUGUUAAAGAUUCGGCAGGAAAGCUCUUAGAAACUGGAGUUAAUACUCUUCAAAAAACUCUUCUUUUGAAAAAAGAAGUUGAAGUUGAUAAAGUUGAAGCUCAAUUAGACGCGAAGCGAAAUGAAUUUAGAAAACGUAUGGAAAGUUGCGCAGAAAGACAACUUGAACUGCAAAAGAAACAGCAAAAAAUGAAAGAUAGAGUAUCAAAAUUUGAUAAAUUUAUUAAAGAAAACGAAGCUAAGAGGCGAAGAGCCGUAUUAAAAUAUCAACAAGAGGUAAAAAUGUUUGAACAAAAGAAACGUGAGUUAGAAAUACUUGUUGAACAAUUAGAAGACCUUAGAACAAAACAAUGUAAAUUAAGGGACAGAUUAGCCAAAUAUAAGAAAUUCGAAGAAUACUUAACAAAAGUUAUAGACAUCUUACCGGCCGACUAUUUAGAGGUUCAAGAUAGCGCAAUUGGAGCUCUGAUGAUGAGACAUAAAACUUUACAAGCGACUAAUAGUGGUCUUGUUGAUUCUGUUGUUGUAAUGACUGAUGAAGUUGAAGAUUUUAAAGCGUCUAUGAAUCAAGCUAAAAUUGAUAAUGCAAAGCAAAAAGUUGAAAUUAAUGGUAAAUUAUCUUUGCUACAAAAUGAAAUGGAAGAAAAAAUUGCUCACAACAAACAUAAAGAGUAUACAUUUAGUGUUAAGAAAAAGGAUAUGAGAGAUCAAAAUAUAGAAUUAGGAGCUAUUUUUACCGCUAUCGAUAAUAUGGCUGAAAAAUGUUGGCGAAGGACUGAUCCUAAUCUACAAACAUUAGACUUUAGAGGAAAAUUGAGCAUUGUUCAUAAGUAUGUCACCGAUAUAGCUGACGUAACAAGACUUGCUAAUGCUGCCGCUUUAGCCAGUGCUAAAAGAAGAAUGCAAAAAUCAUGA